CACACCCACGAUAUCGUAUAGCUAUGCUAACGGUUCACAUUCGACUUUCUAACGUGGUCUAAAUCUUGUUUUCACAGGUGCUCGCUGGCUUUGCUACCUCAAGCGAACGUUUUAAGCAGAUAAUCGAGUUGCUACUCGUGUCGCCCUAGGCUGCCACCUUCAGCCUGCCCGUCCCUUAUCCUACCGUACACGCCAUUCCAGCUCUACGCAAAAUAAUGCGCCUCUUGCGAUGCAACAGCAAUGGUGACCUUAGUCUCACUAUGUACCGAAGAGAAGAUACAAUCCCGCACUAUGCGGUACUUUCCCACACAUGGGGCACGGAUGCCGAAGAGGUGACCUUCGAAGACCUGACCUAUGGUACAGGCAAGGAUAAGGCAGGCUACCGGAAGAUUCAGCUUUGUGCAGAGCAGGCAAGACAGGAUGGUUUGCAACACUUCUGGGUCGACACCUGUUGCAUCAACAAGGCGAAUAAAGUUGAGCUCUCGCAGGCUAUCAACUCAAUGUUCCGCUGGUACCGCGAUGCCACUCGAUGCUACGUUUACCUGUCAGAUGUCUAUGGCUCUGAUAUUAAAGAGUUGAGCUUCCAGAAAAGCAGAUGGUUCACCCGGGGCUGGACGCUCCAAGAGCUUCUGGCACCUGCUUUGGUUGAGUUCUUCUCUCAAGAGUGGCAGAAACUUGGGGACAAAGCAUCACUGAUGCAGCAUAUCCACGAAGCUACAGGCAUACCAUACUCAGCGCUUAGAGGUGCGCCUUUAGCCAAGUUCAGCGUCAAUGAUCGAUUAUCGUGGAACGAACACCGUCAGACUAAGCACGAAGAAGAUAGAGCGUACUCAUUGCUCGGUAUUUUUGGUGUCUAUAUCUCUCCUAUGUACGGUGAAGGGAUUGGCAGAGCGUUCAAACGGCUUCAUGACGAGAUUGAGAAGCUGGACAGAUGUAUCCAAGACCUAUACCUUACUGAUCCUCAGGAUGACAAGAAACGUAUCGAGGACACUAAGGGCGGCCUGUUGAAGGACUCCUACCGCUGGGUUCUUAACAACGCUAGCUUCCAACAAUGGCGCCACGGUUCGCAGAGCCAAUUGCUAUGGAUCAAGGGCGAUCCUGGAAAAGGCAAAACGAUGCUCCUCUGCGGCAUUGUCGACGAGCUGCAGAAGUCGAAGGCCAAGGCCAAUCUGCUCUCCUUCUACUUCUGUCAGGCCACGGACUCGCGCAUCAACAGCGCCACAGCCGUGCUGCGAGGCCUGCUGUACUUGCUUAUCAAACAGCAGCCGUCACUCGUUUCGCACGUCCGGAAGAAGCACGACGACGCAAGCAAAGCUCUAUUUGAGGAUGCGAAUGCCUGGUUUGCCUUAUCUGAAAUCUUCGGGGCCAUUCUGCACGACCCGGAUCUGGACAGCACAUAUCUAGUCAUCGACGCGCUCGACGAAUGCCUAAUCGACUUGCCAAAGCUUCUGGACUUUGUCGUCCAGAAUUCCGCUGUAUCCUCUCGCGUUAAAUGGAUAGUAUCCAGUCGCAACGGGCCGGGCAUCGAGGAACAGCUAGAGCGAGCAAGCCACAAGGCAAGGCUUAGCCUCGAGCUCAAUGCAGAAUCAGUCUCCGCAGCUGUCAGCCUCUUCAUCGAGUGGAAGGUGUCCCAGUUGGCGGAGGGGAAAAAGUACGACGAGCAGACCAGAGAUACCGUCCUGAACUACCUAGCGUCGAACGCGAACGAUACCUUCCUCUGGGUAGCACUCGUCUGUCAAAACCUUCAGCAGGUCUCGCGCUGGAACAUUUUGAAGAAGCUGCAAGCAUUCCCGCAUGGACUUAUCUCUCUGUACAAGCGGAUGAUGGAGCAGAUAAGCACGUCAGACGAUUCGCAUCUCUGCAAGCAGGUACUAGCCUUGACCGCGAUUGUGUAUCGGCCCGUCACGAUACAUGAGCUGGCCUCGCUAGUCGAGGAGGUUGAAGAUAUAACUGAUGACCUGGAGUCGGUGCGGGAGAUCAUUAGCUUUUGUGGUUCGUUCCUUACUCUGCGAGAAGACACCGUGUACUUCGUGCAUCAGUCGGCAAAGGACUUUCUGUUCGCAGAGGCGUUUGAUGAGGUCUUUCCAUGUGGAAGCACAGAGGCUCAUUGGAGGGUCUUCUUAAGGUCUCUCAAACUUCUCUCCAAAACUCUACGACGGGAUAUAUACGGCUUAGGGGCGUUAGGUUAUCCUGCUGAGGAGGUUGAACAGCCCGACCCAGAUCCGUUAGCUGUUUCGCGCUACUCUUGUGUCUACUGGGUCAAUCAUCUAUAUGACUCGAGACCUAACUCGUCCGCAAACUAUGCAGUAAGUUUGCAGAAUGAGAAGUACCUCUACUGGUUAGAAGCUCUUAGUUUGUGCGGGAGUAUGCCGAAAGGCGUGGUCUCAAUGGCGCAACUAUGGUCGCUGGAGAGAGGAGAGUUAUCCCCGUUCACUAAUCUUGUUCACGAUGCGAAUCGGUUUGUUAUGUAUCACAAGGGGGCAGUCGAGAGUAGCCCUCUUCAGGCAUACGUAUCUGCACUACUAUUCAGCCCAGCAAGCAGCUUGGUUAGAAGGAAUUUCCAGCAUGAAGAGCCGGAAUGGAUCACUAUCAAGCCGACAAUAGAAGAGGGUUGGAGUGCUUGCCUCCAGACACUUGAGGGCCAUAGCAAUUCUGUCUUAUCGGUAACCUUCUCUCCCGACUCGACCCGGCUGGCGUCGGCCUCGCUGCCAGCCACUCUUUGA